AUGACUGGCUCAAAGCCUAGGUUAGAGAUACCAAAGAAACUAAGCGUUUGUAGUCAAGCUGCCUUCUGUUUGAGUGUGAGGCAAAAUCAAUUUGAGAAGUAUGAAUAUCAUCGAGAUGGUUUGGAACAUACCGGCGUAAAAGUUUGUAGAGAGACAGCCAUCAGCUAUCUUCGCAUAAAUAGUUUUGGGUUUUAUAUCUCAGUGGAAGUCUCUGUUUCUCACAAUGUUUAUGUUGACCGUUUACCCAAGGACUUUAAUUUCUGGUAUCAGAAAUUAAACAAGAAACAUAAUAUCAUACCCAAUUUCCAAGAAUACAACGUCAACUGA